AUGUCAUAUCAACCAUCGUAUCUUAUGGCCUUUUUAUGUGCUGUUGGUGGCUUUAUCGGCUUCAGCAAAACAGGCUCGGUUCCCUCCCUUGUUGCAGGUGUUGGCGUUGGUUCUCUUUACGGUUAUGCAGGCUAUCUAAUUCACCACCAUCGUCCCUAUGGAAUUGAAACUGCCAUUGGCGCAUCGGUCUUGCUUGCUGGUGCCAUGGUGCCGCGUGCCAUCAAGACCAAUUUCCAAAAGCCUGUGCCAGCUGUCAUGUCCGUACUUUCCCUCGUUGCUGGUGCUUUCUUUAUCAAGAAACUGUUGGAGAAAUAA